UCCGUCCCCGCCGCCGUGCUGGCUCCGAGGGGCGCGGCUUGCUGCUCCCCCAGGCCACCACCAUGUCUCGGGGCUCCUCUGCUACCUCUGUGGAUGACAAGACCUUGCUCCUGGAGUACCGAUGCCACCCAGUGCGGCCAGAGCCCCCCAGCCCGACGUGUGCCACUGGGAAGCGCAGCCCCACCACGGCUCCCAGUGCCACCCCGCUGUCACCACUGGGCUCCCCCACCUCGGCCGAGCCCCGUCGCAUCGUCCUCAGCACGGACAGCCCUGCCGCGCUGAAGGUGGGAACGCAGCAGCUCAUCCCCAAAAGCCUGGCCGUCUCCUCCAAGCCUAAGAACAGCCCCUCUCGGCACCAGAGCUUCGGGGCGAGCCGGGAACCCCUGAGCCCCGACUCGAAGCGGGUGGCUGUCCCCAUCCCGGCCCUGGAGGCGGAGGAUGAGGAUGAUGGCGGAGGGGCCCUCAAGCGCAACCUGAGGAACAUGUCCUACCGUGCGGCCAUGAAGGGGCUGGGGGCUGAGCUGGAGCCAGCCAAGGCCUCUCCUUCACUGAAACCCGUGUCUGAGGAUGGCAGCGCCCUGCCCGACCGCAGCCCUGGCAGGAGCAAGAAAACCCUCGGGCGGAAGCGGGUGCAGAAGCGUGGUGGCUCGUUCAAGGACCAGCCCCGGCUCUAUCAGGAGAUCCGUGAGAGAGGCCUGAACUCUGUCAGCCAUGAGUCAGACGAGGACUUGCUGGAGGAGGCCCUGCCAGAGGAGCCAUCCCCUCUGGGUGCUGCUAUCGUGGUGCAGAGCUACCGCCCAGCCCAGGUGACCUGGAGCCAGCUCCCAGAGUCAGACGAGGACUUGCUGGAGGAGGCCCUGCCAGAGGAGCCGUCCCCUCUGGGUGCUGCUAUCGUGGUGCAGAGCUACCGCCCAGCCCAGGUGACCUGGAGCCAGCUCCCAGAGUGUGUAACGGUUUGUGAUGGUUUCUUUGAGGACUUGGAAAAGCGACACCAGGAGCACCUCCUGAUCCCUGACAUCAGUGACAUCGUGGAGGAACACGCCUCGAAACACUUCAACCCCUACAUCAGCUACUGCUCCAAUGAAGUCUAUCAGCAGAGGACACUGGAUAAGCUGCUAACCACAAACCCCUUAUUUAAAGAUACCCUGAAACAAAUUGAAAGGAAACCAGAGUGUGGAGGCCUGCCAAUGAUCUCAUUUCUCAUUCUGCCCAUGCAGAGGGUAACACGGCUUCCUCUGCUCUUAGAUACCGUCCAGCAAAAAACAAACGCGCGCACUGCAGCGUACGGAGCUGCCACCCGCGCUGUGAAGGCCAUCAGCAAGCUGGUCAAGAGCUGCAAUGAGGGAGCUCGGGCUAUGGAGAGGACAGAGCAGAUGUACACCUUGCAGAAACAGCUGGAAUUUGGGAAGAAGAAGCCUUUCCCCCUGAUCUCGGUGUCCCGGUGGCUGCUGAAGCGGGGGGAGCUGCACCUGCUGCUCUCGGAGGAGGCCGGCAUCUUCCGCCGCGGCGCCGGCCGCCUCUGCCACCUCUUCCUCUUCAACGACGUCCUCAUCAUCACCAAGAAGAAGAGCGAGGAGAGUUACACGGUCAUGAACUACGCCACGCUGGACCAGGUCACCGUGGAGAAGGUGGAGAGCUCAGACCCACCCUCCCCUCCUCCUGGCAAGGCUGGUGGGCACCUGCUCCGAGUGGUGCUGGAGAAGGACAGCGAGGGCCGGCGGGAGGAGGUGGUGCUGUCGGCAGAGACACUGAGUGACCGGGCCCGGUGGAUUGCAGCGCUGAUGCACAGGGAGAAGGAAAAGCCUGACACCACUCCCAAAGGAGACCUGAGCCAGGUGGAGAUCACCCGUGCCUACCUGGCCAAGGAAGCGGAUGAGCUGUCCCUGCAGCAAGCAGAUGUUGUCCUGGUGCUGGGGGGAGAGGAUGGCUGGUGCUGGGGGGAGCGUUUGCGGGACGGGGAGCGGGGCUGGUUCCCCCAGGCCUGUGCCCGGCCCAUCACGAGCCGCGUGGCCGCCGAGGGCAACGUGCGGCGCAUGGAGCGGCUGCGCAUCGAGACCGACGUGUAGGGACAGCCCGGAGGGACCCCUCUGCCUCAGGGACCCCCAGACCUCUGCAGACUGAGCCCACGGAGAGGAGGCAGCAGCAGAGCCUUUCUUCUUGAACUGUGUUUGUCUCAGGUGGCAGAUCUCAUCAGGCAGGACGGGUCUGUGUGGCAGCUGUGACACAGUGGCUCUUCUGUGAGAGCUGGCACCGGGCACUCCUGGCAGUGCUGGCACUGGUGACCCAGAACAGGCUCUGGGAGCAGCCAAGGGCUUGGCUCAGGUCGGAAAGCUGGAGCUGUUCUGGGCUCUGAGGUGCCCAUGUCACCAUCUCCGUCCCUGCUGGCAGCUGGGCCAGCACCUGCUGCACACCUGGUGUGGGGAGAGCACACCCCAGGCAGGCUGUUUGGAGCUUAAAUCCAUGAGUUUGGUUUGUUCCUCAACCCAGUUUCUGCUCCUUUUUCUCUUUUUUCUCCCCCACAAUAAUUCUUGGGCCCUUUGGGCAGAGCUGUGCCCUGCACAGGUGAGGUGAUGCCAGACACAUUUUGGUCACUUGAUAAAAUACUUGAUGCCAGAGUUGUUCCCAUGGAGUCAGCUCUGGGACCAGGAAUGGGAUCUGCUCCAGGCAGAGGGGGAAGCAGGGGCAGGAUGAGGAGCAGUGCUGCAGCUCCCACCUGCCUUUCCCUCCUCCCAGAUGGGGAGGGGGCUCUGCUGGGGAGCUCAGCUCCUCACACCCCAUGCAGGGGACAUGGCAGCUACAAUUUUGGGGUGAGCCAGCCCCAUACACUGCCAACUUCACAUUCACAGGGGCACUGUUGAUGUAAGGUCUGUUCUGAUCAAACAACUGUAAAUUAAGGUAACA